AGCGACGCCACGGGCCGCACGGUGGACCUCGCCAAGUACCGCAACAUCGGCAUCAUGGCCCACAUCGACGCGGGCAAGACGACGACGACGGAGCGCAUCCUCUACUACACGGGCAAGUCCUACAAGAUCGGCGAGGUCCACGAGGGCGGCGCGACGAUGGACUGGAUGGAGCAGGAGCAGGAGCGCGGCAUCACGAUCACGUCCGCGGCGACGACGUGCUACUGGCAGGACCACCAGGUGAACAUCAUCGACACGCCCGGCCACGUCGACUUCACGCUCGAGGUCGAGCGGUCGCUCCGCGUGCUCGACGGCGCCGUCGCCGUCUUCGACGGCGUCGCGGGCGUCGAGCCGCAGUCCGAGACGGUCUGGCGCCAGGCGAACAAGUACGGCGUGCCGCGCAUGUGCUUCGUGAACAAGAUGGACCGCAUGGGCGCCGACUUCUACAACUGCGUCCAGAUGAUCAAGGACAACCUGGGCGCCGUGCCCGCGGUGCUCCAGGUGCCCAUCGCGACGACGCCGACGCCGCCCGAGGCCGACUUCGAGGGCGUCGUCGACCUCGUCACGAACGAGGCCAUCAUCUGGUCCGGCGAGGAGAUGGGCGCCAAGUUCGACCGCAUCCCCAUCGACGACGCGCCCGUGUCCGACGAGGUCAAGGAGCGCGCGGCCGAGUUCCGCGCGGAGCUCAUCGAGACGGCCAUCGAGCAGGACGAGGACGCCCUCAUGGCCUACCUCGAGGGCGAGGAGCCCGACGUCGCCACGCUCAAGCGCUGCAUCCGCGCGGGCGCGCUCUCGAACGCGUUCGUGCCCGUGCUCACGGGCACGGCGUUCAAGAACAAGGGCGUCCAGCCCCUCCUCGACGCCAUCGUCGACUACAUGCCCGCGCCCGACGACGUCGAGAACAUCAAGGGCACGUCCCUCGACGGCGAGACGGCCAUGGAGCGCGCGUCGUCCGACGCCGAGCCCUUCUCCGCGCUCGCGUUCAAGAUCAUGACGGACCCCUUCGUGGGCACGCUCACGUUCUGCCGCAUCUACUCGGGCACGCUCGCCGCCGGCGAUUCCGUCUUCAACUCCGUCAAGGGCCAGCGCGAGCGCGUCGGGCGCAUGCUCCAGAUGCACGCGAACGACCGCACGGAGGUCAAGACGGUGUGCGCGGGCGACAUCAUCGCCGUCGCGGGCCUCAAGCAGACGACGACGGGCGAGACCUUGUGCGACCGCGACAACGCCGUCAUCCUCGAGAAGAUGGACUUCCCCGAGCCCGUCAUCUCCGUCGCCGUCGAGGCCAAGUCGAAGAAGGACCAGGACAAGAUGGGCGAGGCCCUCGCGCGCCUCGCCGCCGAGGACCCGUCCUUCCGCGCCCAGUACGACGAGGAGAACGCCCAGACCGUCAUCUCGGGCAUGGGCGAGCUCCACCUCGAGAUCAUCGUCGACCGGCUCCAGCGCGAGUUCGGCGUCGAGGCCAACGUCGGCGCGCCCCAGGUGUCCUACCGCGAGGCCAUCACGGCGCCCGCCGAGGUCGACUACACGCACAAGAAGCAGUCCGGCGGCAGCGGCCAGUACGCGCGCGUCAAGGUCCAGUUCUCCCCGCUCGAGGGCGACGAGAGCACGGACUUCGAGUUCUGCUCCGAGAUCAAGGGCGGCGCGGUGCCCAAGGAGUACAUCCCCGGCGUCCAGAAGGGCAUCGAGCAGGUCCUCUCCACGGGCGUCCUCGCGGGCUACCCCGUGCUCGGCAUGAAGGCGACGCUCGUCGACGGCGCGUUCCACGACGUCGACUCGAGCGUCCUCGCCUUUGAGAUCGCGGGCCGCGCGUGCUGCCGCGAGGGCCUGCGCAAGGGCAAGGUGCGCCUCAUGGAGCCCAUGAUGCAGGUCGACGUCGUCACGCCCGAGGACUACAUGGGCGACAUCAUCGGCGACAUCAACAGCCGCCGCGGCAUGGUCGGCGACCUCGGCGAGCGCGGCAACACGAAGACCAUCCGCGCCUCCGUGCCCCUCGCCAACAUGUUCCAGUACGUGUCGUCGCUCCGCUCCAUCUCCAAGGGCCGCGCGUCCUACUCGAUGAAGCUCGCGUCCUACGACUUCGUCCCGCCCAACGUCGAGAAGGAGCUCAUGGCGGGCUUCAAGGGCGCCGAGGAGGACGAGUAGGCGGCGCCGCCGGACCGCCGCGGCGGCGGGUGUGGCCCGUCGCCGCCCCUCUCUCGAUCCCGCGAAAGCACCGCUGUCGACCCCCCUCCCCCCCCCCGAACUUAAGACAUCGCACCC